GCCCCUAGGAGCCAGACCUAUUUCUGGCCACUUCCGGGGCGCAGUAGGGAGCCAGGACAGGUUGGAAACCUGCCUUAACCUUGCUGUACUGCUGACCCGAAGCCCCCUGAGAUUUUUUUGAUGCACAAUUUAUACUGAAACUGUUGCAAUCUGAGGAGAGACAAAAAUUGAGGGCUUCUUCUCACACAAAACUUGCACUCACAUUUUGUUCACUGAGGUAGAGAAACUGCUGCUGACUGCCGUGUGGACAUACUGAAAUCAGUUUGACUGUGCGUCACUCAACAGAUUAACGCUAUUUUAACUAAACGGGUGUGAGAUCUGUGCGGAGACCGGUCUAGAGUCGGUUACCAGCAGCAGAUUUGGACCUGAAGGGUGAUUUUGCUAUUGGAUUCCAGCCGUUCAGCUUCCCGGCUCUGCAGCGCCUCCUGUGCCUUGGCGGCGGGAUGGGGCUGACUCUGUGGGCGCCGCCUUGCACCACACAGCACAAGGCUUUCGAGGAACUCGCCCCCAGCCGCUAAAACGCCCCACAAGAAGCAAGUGGAGGAUUCUGCGCAGGCGCAGAAAGGAAUUUCCAAGGAAUGGCCGCAGCCUCCGCCGGGCAAAGGAGAACUAGGCUCUGCGCAUGCGCAUAGAAACCUGAGCGAGUCCCGUGAAAACACAAACAAGGGGGCGGGGGCUGCUCUGUGCGGGCCGCAGUCCCGGAGCCAGUGGCGGAGGGGCGCUUAUGAGGUACAAGAGGGCUAAAAUUUCACUAGAGACAUAACUAGAAUGGACAAUUACUUUAAAGCAGCAGUCUGUGACUUGGACAAACUACUUGAUGAAUUUGAGCAAAAUACAGAUGAACUUGACUGCUACAGAACAGCUGCAAACCAGUGCAAUUCAAUACAGCAUUCAGUCUCUUCAGAACUGGAUUACUUACAACCUGUAUUCCUCAUACCAAAAGUGCAAGAAUAUGUUAGCAGUUGUAUGUCAGAAGAAUUCUCUCUAGCCAGUCAGGCUACAACAAAUACAGCCAAGUUUGAACUGAAUUCCUCAGCACAAAAUGAGAAAAAUGUUACUGGACUCGAUCUUCUGUCUACUGUGGAUGGUGGUGCCUCAAAUGAAAUUCAGCCUUUGAGCCUGGGGAGGUGUAGUAUACCUGUAUGUGAUCUCAUCAGUGACACAGGUAAUUUGAUCCAUUCAACGAGUAAUAAUGAAAAUAUUCAGAAGCUGCAGCCAGAUGAAUUCCAGUGCAAUGAGAAUUCUUUGGUUGGCUUUGAUUUAUCUUUAGUACCAGCUACAAUUUGUAGUUUGAAACACCACCAAAAGCUACUGACAGGCACAGAACAACAGAAUGAUGGGGACACAACACCACAAGAUGCAGGACAUGUUGCAACAAAAGAGUUGAGCCAGUUGGAUUUUAAAACACACAAUCGUGGUAGAGAGAAGCUCUCCGAUUCAUGUGAUGAUCAAAAUAGGACAGACACUUUAAAGGAUAAUCAGGUAUUUGAUCAGCUGGAACAAAUUACAGGCCUUAACGCUACAUCUGCCUUUGUAACAUCACCGAACCCAAAUGCUCUCAGUUCCAAAGACAAAACAACCCUUGAAAAGCUGCCUUGUGAAUCAUUAAAAGAUGAAAGUCUGUGCUGUGUGAUAAAUCAAGAGGCACCUGAAGAGAGUGUUAAUGACAAUGUAGAUUCAAAAGAUGAAGGUAAUGGGGAAUCCUUGCCUUCUGAUCUGCCAAAGAGUUCUGAAUUACACAAACACAGUUUAAAAUUAUCUGGAAAAUGUGUUUUACGAGACUCUUCAUCUCAAAUAGAGGAUAGAGUAGUACUAGGUAAGAUGAAAAGUGCAGAAGAAAACUUGUGCAGUCCAGAAUUUAAUACCAAUGAAAUAUUGCACAGUGUUUCAACUUCACAUGUAACUGCUGAAGAUCUCCAAACCUCAUUGUCAUGUCUUCCACUUGCUGUAUCCAUAUGUGGUUCAUUAGUUGUUACAGAAGACAAAAGUGAGCAUAUACCUCAGAACGAAAAAGCAGAUGUCAUCAGUGAUACUGUGACUAUGCAUGCAGGAAAAUCUAAACAUGGAUUCCACAAUAUGGAAUCCUCUGGAAAGAUGAAACCUUCUGAACAGGAAGGAUAUCUAAACCAAAUCAACCAAUGCUUUGUAGAAGAAGCUAUAACUAUAGAUGGAAAGAAGAGGGAAUCUGACAAUAAAAUUAAUAAAGGUGAUUCUCCCCAAAUGCACGCUGCUGCUGCUGGCCCUGUUGGAGAAUCUAAAAUUGAACUGUGCAAUGAUGGUAUUCAGCCAGUUGACAGUCAUGAUCAAAGUAUUACUUGUCCAGUUUUAGCUGACAUAACUAUUGAGGAAUACUUAAUUAAAAGUGAUUCACUGAUUAGUGAUGCUGAGCUUGAUGCCUUCUUAUCUGGUCAGAGUCUUCAGCCCAAUAAUUCACAGCCCUUUGAAGAAGGUAUGGACGACCUGUUGAAGUCUGAUGCAAAUCAAGCAAACAACCUGGAUUUCAAAAAGGUCAAUGAUUCACAAACAAAAGCAAAACUGGAGGAGAUUGGAGAGAUUUCCAGUAUUAAUAGUACUUGUAGAAUAGCUGAUACUGAAUAUAAAUUGGAGUCUCCCCCAGAAAAAAGUACAUAUCCUAUUCAACAAGAGGCCUCUAACCAUAUAACUGAGACUCGUAUUGAAGUACCGGUCCCUAUUCUUAGCCAUCAGAAUGUACAUAUUGGAGGUGCUAGACCUAAACAGUUGCUUAAUCUUCCUCAAAGAACUGCAACUGAGAGAGAGUUCAGCAAGCCAGAUAUGCCUAGGACUGAAUUCCAGGAAGUGAAUUCCUUACCCCCAAAGGCCCCUCUCUCAGAAACCAAAACUAGUACCAACAUAAGCUCCAAAUGUAAUCCAUCUGAUACAGAAAACUCCUUGAAAGCAGGCGGAAGUUGUGUGCCUGCCAGUGUAGAACUUGGUAAAGGACCUCUAGUUCUGGGACUAAAACAGCCACCCUGGGUUCCCGAUUCAGAGGCACCCAACUGCAUGAACUGCCAAGUCAAGUUCACGUUUACAAAAAGAAGACACCACUGUCGUGCAUGUGGGAAAGUGUUCUGUGGUGUCUGUUGCAAUCGGAAGUGCAAGCUGCAGUACGCUGAAAAGGAAGCAAGAGUCUGUAUUGGCUGUUACAAAUCUAUUAAUAAAGCACAGGCAUUUGAAAGGAUGAUGAGUCCAACUGGUACUAUCCCUAAUUCCAAUGUCUCCUCUGAAUGUUGUUCUACUGUUGCACCUUUGCAGGAAGCCCAGACAGUUGGCACACCUAAUUCUCCUUCAUCUUCUCUUUUGUUACCUAUCUCUGUACUUAAACAUCCAGGUGCUGAUGGGCUGUGCGCCCGAGAACAGAGGAGAGUCUGGUUUGCAGAUGGUAUUUUGCCUAAUGGUGAAGUUGCAGACACAACAAAACUAUCUUCUGGAGUCAAGAGGUCUUCACAAGAGCUGAGUCCAGCAAGCCCUGACUUACCAGAGGUUGCAAGUCCAGCAGAUGACAUCUGUGUAACUGAUAUAAAACCAAAGGAUGAAACUCCAGUUACUGCAGGAACUGAGAAAUUCCAUUGUUCCUUACAUGUUGCUCCAGAUGAUAAGUUGCCCACUGCAGUGCAAACUGAGAUGUUGCAUAGUCUUGACUUUCUAAUUCCAGCUGCUGAUGAAUUACCUUUUAUUACAAAAGUUGAGAAGUCUCCCAGCCUUGGAACAGUUAACCAAACUAAUGAUGAUUCGCCUGUUAGUCCUUCAGACUACAGAAUGCUAUGUGGUAUUGAAAACUGCGUUAGCAAAGCGUUCAGCCUUAUUCCUGAUGAUGAUGGACUGCCACCGCUAUUACUUGCAACUGGAGAAAAAGGAAAAGAUCCUCUGGUGGAAGAACACCCAUCUCAUCGGCAGGUCACCUUGCUUCUUGCAGAAGGAGGCCCUAAUCCAUUAACAUUUAUCCUAAAUGCAAACCUCCUUGUGAAUGUCAAGUUAGUAUCUUAUUCUUCAGAAAAGUGCUGGUACUUCUCAACAAAUGGAUUACAUGGCUUGGGUCAGGCAGAAAUUAUCAUUAUGUUGCUAUGUUUGCCAAAUGAAGAUGCCGUUCCUAAAGAAAUCUUCACAUUGUUUGUUGACAUAUAUAAGGAUGCAGUGAAAGGAAAAUACAUAGGAAACUUGGAAAAUUUUACCUUUACUGAAAGCUUCCUUGGUAGCAAGGAUCAUGGAGGAUUCCUGUUUGUUGUACCAACUUUUCAGAAACUUGACAGUCUCCUGUUACCAAAUAAUCCUUUUCUUUGUGGCAUUCUCAUUCAAAAACUGGAAAUACCAUGGGCAAAGGUUUUUCCAAUUCGCUUAAUGUUGAGAUUGGGAGCAGAAUACGGGGCAUACCCAACUCCUGUAACAAGCAUCAGACACCGAAAGCCUCUCUUUGGGGAGAUAGGACACACAAUCAUGAAUUUACUUGUUGACCUUAGAAAUUAUCAAUAUACCUUGCAUACCAUAGAUAAUUUAUUUAUUCAUAUGGAAAUGGGUAAAAGCUGCAUUAAAAUCCCUCUGAGGAGAUAUGAUGAAGUAAUGAAAGUAAUACAUUCUUCUAAUGAGCAUGUUAUUAGCAUUGGAGCCAGUUUUAGCACUGAAGCAGAUUCUCACUUAGUUUGUGUACAGAGUGAUGGAGUCUAUCAGACACAAGCAAACAGUGCUACUGGCCACCCCAGGAGAGUUACAGGUGCAAGUUUUGUAGUAUUCAAUGGAGCCCUAAAAACAUCUUCAGGAUUUCUUGCUAAAUCAAGUAUAGUUGAAGAUGGACUAAUGGUACAAAUAACUCCAGAGACGAUGGAAGGUUUACGUCAAGCUUUAAGGGACAAGAAGGACUUUAAAAUUAAAUGUGGCAAAAUGGAUGCAGAAGAAUUAAAAGAAUACGUAGAUAUUUGCUGGGUAGAGAGUGAAGAAAAAGUAAACCAAGGAGUUGUAAGCCCAGUAGAUGGAAAGUCAAUGGAAAGAAUUCAAAGUGAAAGAAUACUACAGGGAGAUUUUGACACUGAGGAAAAACUUAUGAAGUGUACUGAAGUGUUCUAUAUCCUAAAAGACCAUGAGCUAUCCAGUGCAACACCCCAUCAGUUUGCAAAAGAGAUUGCUGUAGCUUGCAGUGCUGCUCUUUGCCCACAUCUCAAAACGCUGAAAAAUAAUGGAAUGAAUAAGAUAGGUCUCAGAGUCUCCAUUGAUACCGAUAUGGUUGAGUAUCAGUUAGGAUCUGGAGGCCAACUUCUUCCACAGCAUUAUCUAAAUGACCUGGACAGUGCUCUGAUUCCUGUGAUCCAUGGUGGGACAUCAGACCCCAAAAGCUUACCAUUGGAAAUGGAAUUAGUAUUUUUUCUUACAGAAUACCUCUUUUAAUAUAAAUGACAGCAUAUAUUAUACUAUGUAUAAUCUGAUUUGCUAGAACUAACCCAACACCAAUGCUGUAAUGCUACCAACACUAAAAAAAAGUUAAGAUUUAUUUAAAAAAAUCCCAACAACUAAGUUUAGUAAUAGAUUUUUAAACUGGGUUUUGUUUCUAAAAAAUGAACCAACUCUCCUCCAUCCCCAGCAUAAAAAAGGAUUGUAGAGUUUAAGAUUUCCUAAGAUUCCGAAACUUUACACUUAAUACAGUCACUGAAAAAAGGCAAGGACGCAUUACGUCUAAGCAAACUGUAGCAUUUACUACGUGCAUUGUAAGGUUAAGCCAUAUACCUCUUAAACCCAAGCAAAUAUUUUAGUAACAGUCGUUAUGAUUAGAUGUAACCUAAAUCUGGGACACUCCAUGUGGAUGUGCAAAUGAGCUAUAUUUACAUUUUUAAAAAAUCUUGUAAAAUAUAUUUAAUUGGUACAGAACUGUUACUUGCUGUCGCGAUCCAAAUAUAAAAUCUCUGAGGGUUGGCUGCAAACAACGGAUACUGUGUACUUAUAAUAUAUGGAAUUUGCCAGCACAAUCGGAUAUUGAUUGUGUGGGAAGAAUUGAACAAAACUUUGCCAGGUAUGUUAUGGGUUGUUUUUGUUGGUUUUUUUUGUUUUUGAUUUUUUUAAAGAUUUCAUAAUUGGACUUGUCCUGACUUAAAAAUCAAGACAGUUGACAUGUUUGUUGGUGCUUUUGGAACUUGUGCAUUUACACUGAGUCUCUUUAUAGUGUAGCUGAUUUUCUUAUGUAUUUAUAAUGACUUACCUAACUUUGUUGGGUAUCAUUUUUGUAUUACACUAAUUGUUCCCCCCUCUCCCCCUCCCGUGUUUAAAUGUACCUUUGUAAUUUGGGACUUCCAAGAGUGAUUAAGAACUGGCCAGAUGACCCUUAAAGUAGUAAUCAUGUAGCAAUAAGUCAGGCAUGAAACCUGUAAUAUCUUUUCUCCUCCCUUCUCUAACUUCUGGGACCUCUUGGUUGCCCUGUUUAUUUUUCAGGGAGAAAAUGUAUUAAGUGUUAAUUUUCACGAUCAGAUUGCUUUGGCAUAUUUGAGGUUCUUUGUAUAGUACAUAUUUUUGAUACUGGGGUAUUAGCAAUUAAGAACUAAGAUGAUGCUUGUAAUUUAUGCCUGAGUAUCGAGGUUCAGUGAACACCAAUCAGGCAUGAUAACUAUUGCAUAACUUACCUGUUCAAUUUGAAGAGAAUUGGAACACACUGUAUCCAAGACCAAAUCAUUUGAGUAAAAUGUUAGAGUUUUAGACUGACAGAUCAUUAAAAACCUAAACAUCUAGAUGCCUUCUUGAUUCUCAUAGGGGAUAUUUAUAUGGUUUUUGUAUCAAAAACACAACUAGUAACUUAAAAAAAUAAUAAAAUAAAAAUGUCACCAGCCGUAUUACCCACAGCUUGAAGCCCCAUAUUAAUGGAAAGGUUCAGGAUUUAAGGUCUUAGGCUACAAUAAACUAGGUAUUUCAUUGUAGUAAUGCACACAAUUUUUGUUCAGAGAUGAAUUGCAGUUCUGUGGACCAGCCAAAGACAUUAACAUAGGCAGCAUGAACAAGAUGGAUGUCCAGUCUUCUGAAAGUAGUUAACAAGAGGACAGCAGGGACAAACAGUGUUUGAAACAUGAACAGUAGUCAAAUGAUCAUUGUCAUGUCCUUUGUCAAUGUUAAGUACAGUUAUAGCAGAUGAAAGCAAUUUGCAGACUAAUUACUUUGUCUUUUGUGUUGCCAUAUUGGUUAUUGGAAAUGAGACUCAUGUCUUAAACUCUUGCCAUUUAACGUUUCAAUUUCAUUUAAUAAUUAUCCUUAACAAAUAAAACUGACUUAAGUGCUUAACAGCUGAUGUAAAAUAACAUUGUUCUUCUGUUAAAAACAAAAACCAUAUCUUUGACAAACGUUUCCUAUAUUUUGUCUUUUUUUUUUUCUGUCUUCAGAGUUUCUCUUUGCUUGGUUCUGCUAUUGCAGUUGGAGUGUAGACUGCUCUUAAAAAAGGAAUUGCUGUGUUUAUGUCCAAAUACAGCUUUAGGCAACAGCCUGUAAUUUACCAACAAAUAAAUGGACCAGAAUAAAAUGUUUCAUAGUAACUUUCCUGGUUUGGAAGACAAACCACACGUGUGGCUCCUGGCCAAAAACUGAGGCUCUUUUAAGAAAGGUGCAGUAGUAUAAUCAGUGAUGAACAUAAAAUAAUGGAGCAGAAAGGGCCACAUGCACUACAACUUCUGGUUAAUCAGUCUAUGCUUUAAUUUUUUUUAGUUUUUAGCCCUAAUGCCUAUGAAAAACACCCUACCAAAUGUGAACUGAAUACAAACUAAAGCUCUGCACAGUCUACUGGAGACUGUGUGAGUGUGGAUUCCCCUUCCCCCAACUACCCAACAAAAAAUCCCUUUAUCUUAAUUGUGUGUCAACAUAGGCUGUUGCUGCAGGAUGGAGAAAGUAUCAAUAUUAACAAUUUAUCAUCAGUCUCCUUCACAUGGAAACUUGCACCAAAAUAACAAAAGAUGCAAAUAAAACCCAACUUAAUUAUUUUGCAUCUGUGUGGGGACAAUCCAUAGACAUACACCAAAAUAACUAAGGCCUGGUCUACCCUAGAAAGUUUUAUUGACAUAAGUCACCUUGCAUCAACGUGGCUGUAUAUGUCUUUACACUGAAAAUUUUCUUUAGCCAAUGUGAGUACCCCGUUACAAUGGCACAAUAACACCACCUUCCCAAAUAGUGUUGAGCCAUGGUUGACCUACUGAGGUCGACACAGUGCAAAAGUAAACACACUGUGAUCUCUUUCAACCUCAACAGUAUUCCAGCAGCUGUCUCACGAUUGUGAACUCCAGUGCCCAGGGGUCAGAGACCAGAAGCCAAACCUCCUCUUUAAAAAUCUUUUGUGUUUUGAAAUGCCUUUUCCUGAUUGCCCAGCUUGGCGAGCACAUCUAGUAGCUCUUCCUUGUGCACAAGUGCUCAACCGACCAGGCGGGCUCAAUGCUCUAGAUGCAUUCUUGCUUGGAGCAGAUGGGAGGUAUUGGAUCUCCUGGGCCUGUGGGGAGAAGAAACUGUGCAGGCACAGAUAGGGAAUUGUCAUAGAAACAUGGAUAUUUACUAAAAGAUUUCGCAGGGGAAGCAGGUCAGGGGGUACAAUGGGUACAGUGCUGCAUGAAAGCAAAGGAACUGCAGUGGGCAUACUACAAGGCCAGGAAGGCCAACAGUCGAUCUGCUGCCAAGUCACAGACCUGUCAAUUUUUACAACAAGCUGCAUGCCAUACUUGACGGAGAGCCCGCCAGCACCCUGCAGACCACUGUAGAUACCUCUGAGGAGCUGGAGACAGAGACCUCUGCUGUUAACAGCAGGCAGGAAGAAGAGGAUGGGGGACCUGCAGCAGGGUGAGGGUCCCACUAUGCCUAUGCUGUGAGCCAAGACUUGGUUGAGACUCCACCAGAGACUAGCCAGUCCCACCAGACAAGCACAGACAAGCCCAGUGCAAUGGAAGGAACCUUGGGUAAGUGUAUGCAUGCAUUUUUCCUCAUGGUGUUUAAAUGUACAUAUAAUGCUUGGCCACACUCUGACUUAGCAGGACAUGGGUAUAGACUUUACGUUGUUUUAUUUGUACUAGACAAGGCAGCAAUACAAAAAAGGGGGUAGAGUUGGUAUCCGUCUGUCAUUCUCCUGUCGAAUUUGGGGAUGGGAGGUGUGGAGCAGUUUGUUCAUGUACACAGGCUGUGUCUUGUAUCCUCCUGAGUGAUCUUUAUAAAACUUUCAUGAAAGUACUCUGCAGUUCUCUCCUGACGGUUUCUACAGAUGGUAGCCUUGUUUUUAACUCUGUGGUAGGAUACUUUCCUACCUCACUCUGCGAUGACUUUGGCAGGCACAGUUGCAGUAAACAGGUUAGCAGCAUACAGGCCCUGGUGGCUUUGGGAUGCCAACAGCCAUUGUGCUACCAGUGCCUUUUUUUAAACUCAGGAGUGAGAGAUCUGCUAAAAUAACUACCUCCUGUGAAAAAUAGCGCCAUUGCCUGUAUUCAUACCCAUGGAAAUAAAGGCUGACAUUCUGUUCUAUGCAACUGAACAACUCUCCUUUCUUCCUCUCACCCCUGUCCUGGCGGGUCAUAUUUAUGGCUGGGGCUGGAGGAAGGAGAACUGUGGUGUGCCCAGGGCUGUGAGAUGGUACUGCAAGCAGCAUCUCUACCUUAUGCACACUUGCACAUUUUAAACAAAUUUAUUGUAUAUAGUUAUCUCUUUAGUAGUUAAGAUAAUUUGUAUAGAUUUCUGUUGUGGGUAAAUUUUUGUUUUUUGAUUGCCAAGUACUGGGCUUUCAGCUCUUACGAUGGAGCAAAAGUCUUCAGGGUUUCAAAUAUUGUCCCUCAGAGGACAGCUAUACCCUUCAAUGAUGGGCAUAUGUAUGUCUAUGCUGCCAGAAACUAAGAACAGUGUGUGAUGAGUAAGGUAAAUCAAUAAAGUUGUCAACAGCUUCAGAGACUGCCACUACAUUUGAUUAGGCCCCCAAAUGAAUGGCAUUGCAACCUCACAUACAGGAUCACUAUGCCACUUGUUUGGGGGCCUAAUCAAAUGUGUUUUUACAGCAGUGUUAAGGUUUCCACAAACUUUAUUCAAAUUCACGAUUUCUGAGACAAAAUACUGUUUAUACCAGACAAAAAGCGGCUGAGAGCCUCAAUGGGGUUAAAUCUCCCCUCUUUGAAUUACACUGGAGAGGUAGGCAGGGACGUCCAUUGUUGUCUUUACUUUUUGCAGGUAGCCUUUUACACAGAGGAUAAGAAAUGAAUUUAUCAGAAGAAUAAAACUUUCAGAAACCUAUCAGACAAUAGGUUUAUAUGCUAAUGAUGUAUUGUCAAACAUGAGCAUUUCCCUACAACUAGUAUCUAAACCAAUCCAUGACUGGGAACAUAUCUGGCUUUGAAGUAAUAUAUGCCAAAUCUGAAAUGCUGGGGAGAACUUUGUUGUACUCUGAGAAGUCAUCAUCCAAAAAACACUUGGGAAACAUAUUCUAUAAAAUAGCUUGGAAUUCAAAUCUUAUCACAGAAGAACUGAAUGAUUUUAAUGACCAACUAUUACUUCAGGGGAAAAAAAACAAAACACAUUGGCGUGCUGGGGAAAGUAUGCAGCAUCUAGGUUGGGAAGAACAGCUACAAAAUCAACCUGAAUGUUUUUGUGAAGUAUAUCUUUCUUGUUUCAAAAAUAUUCCUAUAAUCUUUCCAACAUAAAACUUUAAGAAGACUAUAGUGUUAGAAAUUAUAUAGAAUAA